GUCUACCAUAAGCCCCAAAAACGUUUUCAAAAUCAGUUCUCAGACCGGAAGCCACAGCACAAACGUCAACAGCGACCAUCCCUGAAAGACAAUUGCUUUCUCAGAAUCGCCACUACCUCCAACGAGGUAACAACAUUGAUAAACGAGCCAAAACGACAGGGAUACUCGCAAGAACGACAUCCAGAAAAAAUGCAUUCUUUUGGGUACAGAGCUAACGCCUUGCUAACUUUCGCUGUCACCAUCCUCGCGCUAAUGUGCGCUAUUGCUUCUUUCUCUGAUAACCUUAAUUCUCCUUCUCCCUCUGCUCAAAUACAGAUAUUAAAUAUUAAUUGGUUUCAAAAGCAGCCGCAUGGGAAUGAUGAGGUCAGCCUCACAAUGAAUGUAACAGCUGAUUUACAGUCACUAUUUACAUGGAACACAAAGCAGGUUUUUGUAUUUGUAGCUGCGGAGUAUGAAACCCGAAAGAAUGCAUUGAACCAGGUAUCACUUUGGGAUGCUAUCAUACCAGCCAAAGAGCAUGCGAAAUUUUGGGUUCAAACUGCAAACAAGUACCGUUUUGUUGAUCAGGGAAGCAAUCUUCGUGGUAAAGAAUUCAAUUUGACUUUGCACUGGCAUGUAAUGCCCAAAACUGGGAAGAUGUUUGCCGACAAACUGGUCAUGUCUGGAUACCGCUUGCCUGAGGAAUAUAGAUAGGGAUAGGGCAAUUUCUGUGUACGUUUUGGCUGUAACUUAAGAGCAAUUUUAAGAUGGGAUAACGAAGUUCUCGCGGACUAAAAAACUAGAAACAGAGAAACCAUUGUUGACAAAGGAAAAUCAAUACUGUUUUGGAAUUUUUGAGUAAUUUAUAUCUUUUUAUACAGUUCUUGGCUUCCAA